GCCGCCCGCGCUUCCCAGCGUCCGCACGCGGCUGUCCGUGCCCACCGUGCCCAUCCCGCCAUGGCCGCGGCCGCCCUCCUGUCCCGGCCCGGGCCCCGGCCACUGCCCCUGCUCCUGCUGCCGCCGCUGCUGCUGCUGCUGCUGCUGCUGCCGCCGCGCGCCGGCCGGGUGCGCGCUGACAGUAAGGUGUUUGGUGACAUGGACCAGGUGCGGAUGACCUCGGAGGGCUCCGACUGCCGCUGCAAGUGCAUCAUGCGGCCCCUGAGCAAGGACGCUUGCAGCCGAGUGCGCAGCGGGCAGGCCCGGGUGGAGGACUACUACACUGUGGAGACAGUGAGCUCGGGGACCGACUGCCGCUGCUCCUGCACAGCGCCACCCUCCUCGCUCAACCCCUGCGAGAAUGAGUGGAAGAUGGAAAAGCUCAAGAAGCAGGCACCUGAGCUCCUCAAGCUCCAGUCCAUGGUGGAUCUCCUGGAGGGCACCUUGUACAGCAUGGACCUGAUGAAAGUGCACGCCUAUGUCCACAAGGUGGCCUCCCAGAUGAACACGCUGGAAGAGAGCGUCAAGCUGAACCUGAGCCGGGAGAACGAGGUAGUGAAGGAGAGCAUGCGCCACCUGAGUGAGCAGCUGAAGCGCUAUGAGAAUCACUCGGCCAUCAUGAUGGGCAUCAAGAAGGAGCUCUCCAGCCUGGGCCUCCAGCUGCUGCAGAAGGAUGCAGCCCCAGUCUCGGCCGCUGCCCCAGCACCCGGCCCUGCCAGCAAGGCUCAGGACACAGCUGGAGGGAGAGGCAAAGACAACAACAAAUACGGCAAUGUUCAGAAGACCUUUGCAGACAGGGGCCUCACGAAACCUCCUAAGGAGAAGCUGCUGAAGGUGGAGAAGCUGAGGAAGGAGGGCGGCAAGGGCAAAUUCCCCCAACCCACAGCCAAGCCCCGGACCCUGGCCCAGCAGCAGGCCAUAAUCCGAGGCAUCACCUACUACAAGGCGGGCGGGAAGGAGGUGACCGAGGCCGUGGCCGACAACGCCCUCAAGAGCACUUCCUGGCUAGAACAGCGGCCGCCCAGGGUGGAGGGCAGGUCACCGGAGCCCAACUCAGCAGAACGUGAUGAGGCUGGGCCCAGGGCCUCAGAGGGAGCGGACCUGGCCUCUGGCACUCUCAGUUCUGACCCUGUCACCACCCCCACCCCGACUCCCACCACCCGGCCCCAGCCCACUGAGCCACCUUCACACCCAGAUGUCCCGAGCCAAGGCAGAGAGACGAGCUGUGAGGGCACCCUGCGGGCCGUGGACCCCCCUGUGAGGCACCACAGCUACGGGCGCCAUGAGGGAGCCUGGAUGAAGGACCCUGCUGCCAAAGAUGACAGGAUCUAUGUCACCAACUACUACUAUGGGAACAGCUUGGUGGAGUUCCGCAAUCUGGAAAACUUCAAGCAAGGCCGCUGGAGUAACAUGUACAAGCUGCCCUACAACUGGAUCGGCACGGGCCACGUGGUGUACCAGGGCGCCUUCUACUACAACCGCGCCUUCACCAAGAACAUCAUCAAGUACGACCUGCGGCAGCGCUUCGUGGCCUCCUGGGCACUGCUGCCCGACGUGGUCUAUGAGGACACGACGCCCUGGAAGUGGCGCGGCCACUCAGACAUCGACUUCGCCGUGGACGAGAGCGGCCUGUGGGUCAUCUACCCCGCCGCAGAUGACCAGGACGAGGCCCAGCCCGAGGUGAUCGUGCUGAGCCGCCUGGACCCCGGUGACCUGUCCACGCACCGGGAGACCACGUGGAGGACACGGCUGCGGCGGAACUCCUACGGGAACUGCUUCUUGGUGUGUGGCAUCCUGUACGCCGUGGACACGUACAACCAGAAGGAAGGCCAGGUGGCCUACGCCUUCGACACACACACGGGCACCGACGCCCGGCCGCAGCUGCCCUUCCUCAACGAGCACGCCUUCACCACCCAGAUUGACUACAACCCCAAGGAGCGCGUGCUGUACGCCUGGGACAACGGCCACCAGCUCACCUACACCCUCCACUUCGUGGUCUGAGCCCGGACCGGUGCUCACAGGAGAGGAGUGGCCGUGGGCGUUGCUCCCCCACAGCAACUCCUGCAGGGGCUCUGUCAGCACAUAUUUAUGGGGGUCCAGGCCCAGGGCAGGUGCUAGGCACGUGGCGCAGCCAGGAUAAAGCUUCCUUGGCACGCGGUGGAUUAAUAAUCCCUUCCACUUGCAGAGCACUAUGCCAAGAGCUUCACAUGCACAAACCCAUUCAGUCCUCCCAGUAGCACCCCUGGAGGUAGGGAUAAUUAAGCCCAUUUAACAGAUGAGGACACUGAGGCCCAGAGAGACCUUGUCCCUUGCCUGAAUAGCCUCAGUUUGGAUCAGGCAGGCCAUGCCGUCACAACAGCUCUGUUUUACAGAUGAGGAGACCUGACCGUGCUCACCUUCACCUCCAGGCCUCUCCCUACUCCUCUAGAUUCUCUUCUCUCAACUCUGUCUCCCUUCCCCCCAGGGCCAUUCAAAAGCAGAGGCCUCGGGAACCUCCGCACUAGUGUGGCGCACUGCGUAAACACCCCCGGCCCCCGUUCUGGCUGAACUGUUGGUGGCCCUGGGCUUCAGGCCCCUGGCUAAUGUUCCUACUCCUUGCCUUUGGCCACCCCCCCACCCCACCUCACCCUCUGUCCAACCACAUUCCAAACCUCCAUGGUCACCCAGCCACUGAGCAGAAACCGCACCCGAGGAAAAAUACCAGCCCCUGUUCCAAGUUCCCCUCCCUCUGUAUUCAUGUUUAUUUUCUCUUAUUCCUCCUCAGUGCUGUCAUUUGUUUCUGCGGCAGCAGCUGAGAAGGCCGCCGGCAGCUGCCUGCCAGACCCGACUCUACCAGGGUGGGGAGCUGGGCCAGGCCCCGAGGCCCCCUCUCCACCCAGAAGUGCCGGCUUUGGCUACAUACCCAGGCCAUGGGACCUGUCCUCAGCCCCUCCCAGAGCCCUGGGGCCUGGGGUCCAUGUUGUCCUUUCUCUCUGGACCUUUGAACCCACAGCUUAGAUGUACUCAGGGAUACCUUCAGGUCUGCUGUGAGCAAGACUCCAGACAGGGCUGGGGUGGUGCCAGGAUGAAACAGAUUCCCGCUUUCUUGUCAGUCCUGACCCGGUCAUUUGGUGGAAUGACCCAGCAGCUCAGAGGCAGCUCUGCCUAGGAAGGCCGUAGACUCCUAAGGACGCAGUCCAUCCCAACACCUUUGAGAGUAUUUACUGCUGAUCGCUACACCACCCCCUGACCCUGCUCCCCUCAUCUGUCCCCAUGCCAACUCCUGCAUAUCCGUAUGCAUACCCAAGAGUGUAAGGAAAAGCAUUUUGUGCAGAAGACGUCUCUUUCGGGCAUGGUCAGGUGAUGUUUUGUUUAAGCUGUAACUCACCCCUGAAAUAGAGGGGAAUGAGGAUAGCCAGCCAAGCAAGGCCUGACUCAUAGUGGUGGACACAUCCAGCCUCCCCCACCCAACCAUCGGCGGGCUCCACCGAACAGUCUCUUCAGGGGGCUGCAUUUCCCUUGGCCCUGGGUGUGGGUUUUACAAGACUGUGUCUUUCAUGAUAUCACAGCCUAACCAUGUGAGAAGUGUUCAGAGUCCUCUUGCUCAGUAGUCUGAGAAAAAGGAAAGUUAGAAAGGAUGGGAUUUGGGAAAAUGGAAGGACAAGCAAGACUGUUUUUUUUGGGGGGGGAAUGAUGCUGGCUGCAGCCUCCAAACUUUCACUAAGCCGCUUCUGUUUUCAGGCCUUAGUGUGUGGGGUUUUGUGGUAGAUAGAGUUAUUUUCCUCACUUUACAGAUAGUCGAACUGGAGCCCAGACAUGGGUCACUCGUCAUGAAAGCAGUUAAGUGGGGAGCCAGGUCUCAAAAUCAGGUCAUCUAAGCAUCACCACUGACUGAGCAUCAAGUGGGCCAAGCAUACCUGGUGCAUAUUCUUGCUUCGUCACAACAGGGAAGGUCUGUACUUGGAAUGUGCCCAUUUUAUAGAUGAAGAAACUGAGGUGAAGGGACUUACCCAAGGUCACACAGUGGCUUCGUCUGUGGCAGAUCGGGGUUUCAGUGCUAGUCAGUUUAUGCUGUUUGCCAACUGCAUGGCAUUCCAGGGGCAGCUCCAGAAGUGUGACCAGGCCACAAACUGCAUCCAGAAAGGACACUCAAGAAGGAAGUUGGGGUCAGUCUGUAAAGAGCCUUGAAUGCCAAGCCAAAGACUGCCUCCAAUCACAUUUGGAACAAAGUCAAGUAUAAAUUAACAGAGAAAAGAAGACAAUUGGAAUUGAUUCCAUUGCUGAUGGGAGGCAGGGAUGGGUUUUUGUCAUGGACUUUAUUGCAUUUGGCCACAGGUACUUCGAAUAAGAAAGGACCUGGACUGGGGAGGACCAGCAUUUCUUACUGACCUUGGAUGUGAAGGCAAAGGAAGCUGUCUCUGGCGUUCUGAACACAUGAAGGGGCUUUGGCUGCUGCCUUGGAUUCCCCCUAGAGAUUUCUAGGCCUUGACAUUUAAUUUGCUCUGUCUGCGGAGGAGAGAAGGGGGCCUCUGCCUUGGGGCAGCCCAAAAAGUGAGGUUGGGGUUUUCCUGGGAAUCAUUUGAGUGUUCUGAAAGCCUCUGUGUUCCAAAGCAUCAUAUUCUCCUUGACAGCACUGGAAACCACUCUGGUGACAGGAGAACACAGCACCAGAUGGUUGUCAGGGAGCCUGGGUAGGAGUUAGGGAGGCCUGUUGGGAUCUGGCUCAGCCUCUUCCAUGCUGCGUGCUUGGGCAGGGUAGGGACUGACAGAGGGGACAGCUGUCAACUCCCUUUUACGGCUGAAGACCCACAGCUUAGGGAAGACUAAGGGCAGCUGAGGACCCAAGCAGCACCCUCCUAGAGCUAGAAGGCACCUGGACACACAUUCUCACGGAUGCACCCAGGAACCCCCAAGGUUGGCAUUGCUUUCCCCCCUGACAGGUGAUGAACCUCAAGUUCAGGGAAGUUAAGCAACCUGCUCAGGGUCCUGAAUCUAGCAAGUAGUAGGAGUCAAGAUUUGAACCAGGUCUGUGUCUAUACCAAAGCCCCAAACUCACUGUUAUUAGAAAUCUUGUGACAGUCGUGUUUUCUCUUUCGCUUUGGCCGCUGGGAACCUCAAAGUCAAAUUUGAGAUUACUUUUAACAAUUGUACUGAGUCACCAACUGGACUCUGACUUCAUUCUAGCUUUCUGCUUUAACCUUUACCCAGAUCUGUUUAUUUUUACUCGAUUGUAUUUUAUCUAUGUUUGUAAGUUGCCACAAUACUUUUUUUUGCAACAAGGUGGCAUAUACCUAAAUAAAUACAUGAUCAAA